AUGCCAGCGGACGCCGAACUCAGCAGCCUGCUCAGCAGGCGGCAGAGGAUCAACGACGAACUCGAGGAAGGCAAGGAGGUGAAGAAGCAGUACAAGUUCGUGAACGUUUACACGGAAUUCCACGAGUUGUCGCGCCGCGAGAUCAAGCAGUACGAGCACACCUUCAACAGAUUCGAUGAUGGUCACGAUGGCUACCUCGAUCUCUCCGAACUGAAGCGAAUGAUGGAGGUUUUGGGUGCACCACAAACACAUCUCGGACUCAAGGCGAUGAUCCAGGAGGUCGACGAGGAUGGAGAUGGCCGCAUAUCUUUCCGUGAGUUUCUGCUGAUCUAUCGUAAAGCACGAGCUGGUGAAUUAGAACAAGAUUCUGGAUUGAGCCAGCUGGCCAGACUCACCGAGGUUGAUGUCGACGAAGUCGGCGUUACAGGCGCUAAGAACUUCUUUGAGGCCAAAAUUGAGCAGCUGCGAAAGGCCUCAAAGUUCGAAGACGAGAUUCGCAUGGAGCAAGAGGAGCGGAAACGAGAGGAGGAAGAAAAGGCAGCGAGGCGAGAGCAAUUUCGGCAGAAAGCCGCGAUCUUUGGCAAAUAAUUGCGGAGCGAAAAUCACGGGAGAGCAAAAAUCGACUACGUGCUCAUUAGUAUGCGAAGAUGGAAUAUCUUGAGUUUAUUUCUAAUGCUUGAAACCGCCGAAGCGAUAUCCGACGCCAACGAGCAACCAACUCUGUAAACUAUUUAAGCGACGUGAAAUCGUGAUUCAAUUACAGCAGCGAUUGUCAGAAUUCGAAGCGACUGAAAUCGCGAUAUAAUUUCCUAUGCUAUUACGCAAAUGAAUUUUACACACCAGUCGUCUCUAUCUUUACGAACAAAUCAUUUUACACUUGUCAAUAUUAGAAUUCGAGCUCAGUGAAGCGAUCAUCAUCAAUUUUUAAUUUGAAAGCUAUUAUUGGAAUUAUUACAGUUUUGUUGUCGAAUAUAUGCAAUAAGCUGGAUUUAAAAAUAAGUGACAAAAAGCAAUGCAUUUUUUCUUAAACUGUUGCAAUUUUUAUUUUAUAUUUAUUAAACUUGCAUAUAUAUGUAUGUAUCGCGAUUUGACACAACGUUGCAAAUGCAUUUACUAUGAAACUCGGAAUGUACUGUUAUGGAACGCUACGAAGAUUUUAAUAAUGUUCACAUGAUUAUAUACGUCCACGUGAACUUUACAUAGAAAAUGUUUUAAAAAACCGUUGAUAUCUAAUACAUAUCUAUCUUAUACAGAUAUAUAUUUUUUAAUUGGAUAACGCGCAAAUUAAAUAUUUACUUGCUGUUUUAAUAGCAAUUUUAAUACCUUGUUGUAAAAUGUUUAAAGUUAAAAGUUGAAAAGUGUACAAUUAAUUAAUAAUUGCAUAAAAUAUUUAAUAUACAAAUAUUGACACUUAAUGAAUGCGAAUCUGCGUGAAGUUUAGAAGAGUCAAUAUUGAAUAAGUGGCCUGUUUAUCACAGAUAUCACAUGAUUAUCGUAUAAAAUUUUCACUUUUGUUUUUUAAUAUAUAAUGAAGAGACUGAAGAGGGAAUUGAUAUGAAAAUCGCGCGAUUUUGCAUUAUUCAAUAGAAAAUGAUCCUAAUUGUGCCCCCUCUAAAUGCUAGAGGCUUUUGAUAGUGUAAAGUUUGUCGGCAAACGUAUCUUAAUUUUUACUAAUAAUGAUGAUUAUUUUAUAGGAUAUUACUUUCUUUUUAAUUAAAUAAGAAUUUCUUGUUAAACGACACGCAUAUAUAGUACUGUGUAUGUAUAAUAUAAGAGAAAUAUGCAUGUAGAUAUGUUGUAUAUUCGUUCAAAUGCGUGUGAAUGUAUGUUAAGCUACAAAUAUGCGUCCUGCUUCAUUUAACUUCAAAAUUGGGACAUUAAAUAAUUAAAUCAUACGAGAAUUUGAUAAA